UAUCUCAAUACAUUGUUAUAUACCCUUUGUUGGCAAUGACAGGUCUGCGUUGCACCAAACGGCAGGCGUCCCACACCGGGAAUCUUCAACUUUAGUUGCUCCACCUCCACACUUAACACUGCCCCAGAAAUCACUCCUUUCACUUUCACCAUUUUCCUAAGAGCAAAGCAAGAAACAGAUAUUGACCAAAGGGAUGUCCCAUUUAAAAUGGUUAAGGUUAGGGUUAGCUAAGGGUGAUAGGGUGAUAGGGUGAUAAUGCAAAGAUUACAUUAUCACUUGUUGGUGUAGAUAAGACUUUUAGACUGCCACGAUAUACUUCUGACAAAAAAAUGAAUAAAGUGUAACUUCUUUUUUUGACAGCUAUCAGAAUGAUUACAAUUACAUUUCUCAGAAUAUUGCAUUGUUUAUCCUGGAUGACAUAUUUAAAAAAUUAUUUAGAGACAAUUACGUUAUCUCAUAUCAUUAACAUCACAUUAUUAUAUACGUACAAUGACCAGAUAAUUCAGAACCAAUACUCUUCAUCUAAUGUGUGGGAAUGAUCAAACAGCAGUACAUCCUUUUAUCCCAUUGGUGCCUGAUUCUUUAAGACUGCUCUGCAUGGAGUUCACCAUGAGAUCAAGACUCUAUCUUAGUUGUUUAUAAAUGACAGGCCAUAAAAAAAACUAAAUAUAAUCUAGCUCUGCACAGGCUGGCCCAGAUAAGUGUCAGCAAUGGCAUCAAUAACGUCUUGGCCUCUCUCACUGACACAGUGAGUGACCUCAGUUUACCAUGUGGGAGAUGAGAAAGUCUACCUCGGGGGAAGGAUAGUGUUUCUCCGCUCCCUCAUAUCUUAUUUAUGAACACAAACAGGAUAUAUGUUUAUGUUUAGACAAGCAGCUCCACAGAAAAGGUGGUCUAAAGAGGAAACUGUUUGUCUGUGUUGCUAUCUACACUUCUCUGCAUCGUUGUCUAGAAAACAGGUGAUGGAGACACCAAUGGCUGUUGAGGAUCUACAGAGAAGGAGGGAUGUUGAGUCUAGAGAGAACUUGCACUCUGGAGAGGACUCCAUGGAGGAGGCACAUUCUGUGGAGAGCAGCCUUAUGGCAGCACUAACCCACCAUGAGAGAAGCAUGUACGGUGCCGGAUUUGCGGCUCAAGCACACAUCACUGAGGUAGUAAGCCCCGUGGAGAGGUGUGUGGAAUAUACCUUUGUCCAGGUGCUGGGGAACAUGGACAGUGUGGGGCUGCUCUUUGAGGAGUGCAUCAAGAAGGUGGGCCAUCUAGAAAGUCAAAGGGAUGAAUUGAUACUGGAGCUGUUGCAGCUAGAGCAGCCCAUGCUGCAAGCUACUGUGGCCUUGAGGGGACAGUUGUUAGAGGCACGUAGAGUUCUCACCAGUGUCCAGUUGGAGUUUAUUCAUCUGCAAAUAGAGGUGGGACAAGUGAAGAGUAAGCUGUUUGUCACAGCCAGGGACUGUAUCCAGAGCCAGCUAGUGCUGGCUGCACAGCAGUAUGAGGUGGCCCAGGCUUCAAUCACACAGGAGGAGCUCCGGGCCCAAGUCCAGAAUCUUACAGAGGAGGUAGCCCAGCUUCAGGAAGCCCAGCACAACCAGCUGAACACCCUAAAGGACCGGGCCAGACAACCAUCUCGUCCCCGGGCUAUGAGCGAUGUCACUCACUGCCGACGAGCAUCCCUGGACCUGCAGAAGCGCCUCAGUGGCAGCAUGAGGAAUCUAGAAGGCUGGUAUGAGCCACGCCUGCUAGCCCUCCUCCGGAGGAGGCAGGCUGGGAAGGAGACCCUGAGAAGGAGCAGGGAUGUGGGCCGAGACCUUAAGGCCAGACUGGGGCCCCUGAAGGAGCAGACCCAGAGGCUGGAGCUGCAGAGAGCUUGUCUAGAGGAGAGGAUUGCUCUGAUGGAGAGGGAGAGGGUGGAGAGAGUGGCACAGUAUAAGGAGACUGUGGACUCGCUUGAGGAGACCAUGAGGAAGCUGAAGUUGGAGCUUUGCAUUCAGAAAAAGGCAAACAGACAAUUGGAAGAAUUGAAGAAGGGACUUUUGAGUGAGCUGAACUAUGACAGGGGCUGUAUUGAAGUGAGCGAAACAACUGCUGAAAGGGAGUCCUAACUUUUCCAUACUUAUCAAUGGAAGUAGAACAAUUGACAAAAUAUCCAGGACCCAUCAGACCAAACAUGUUUUACUGUGUUUGCGAGUAUCCUUGAUGGUGCAUUUAGCCAAUGUCACCUAUUGGUAUACUUAAUCUGCUCUUAGUGCAUCAACAAUGGUGUUAUGACAGUUGAUCUCAACUUUGAGAGCAGCCUGUCUUAACUGUACAUUUAAGGUCUACCGUAAAUACAUUUUUAUUAUGAAUACACUUACAAAACAUGGGAA